AUGGAGGCACGAUAUGAUGAGGACUUUGACACUGACUUUGACAAUGUCAUUGAGAACAAUGUAAACAUUCACAAUAUUAAUGUGAGAGACAAUAAUGCCAAUGUUGACAACAAUGAUCAUAAUGCUGUUGUUGUUGUUGGCACUGAAAGUGAUGAUUCUGAUGAGGCAUUUGAAGACUGUGUGGAUGUUCACCAGUACAUCCCAGAAGAGGAUCCUCAGCCAGCUGUAUCCAGGAGGUCUAGAGAGAUGGAUGAUGAAGAUGUAGAACCAAACAAAAGAGUCAGAUGGAGCGAGGAGUUUCCUGAUGAUGACUCUGACUUCAUCUCUGCUUGUGACACUGAUAGCGAGGGCGGUCCUCAUGUUGGUAAUAUUGCUGAUGAGGACAUCAAUCAGGAGGUAACAGAAGAAGAACCGCUGCCUGGUGGAUCCACGAAAAGGUUUUCACUUCUGUGGCUGUUCAGUCUAUUUGCAGUGCUGGAUUACUGUGGUGCAGUUGAUCUGAGGGACUGUGAGGAAGCAGGCAGCAAAUGUAACCCCAACGCUGACUGUAUAAGGAUCAGUAGCACCUUUACCUGUGUGUGUAGCAUGGGCUACCAGGGCGAUGGUCUGACGUGCAGCGACAUCGACGAAUGUGGCAGUGGCCUGAACAACUGCCACAAACAGGCAGACUGCACCAAUACCUUAGGCAGCUAUAACUGUGUCUGCCGCAGUGGAUACACUGGAGAUGGUACAACCUGCCAGGACGUAGAUGAGUGUCAAAGAGACAACGGGGGUUGCAAUGAAUAUGCCCUCUGUACUAACUUUGAGGGAGGACGAAAAUGCCAGUGUAAAAGUGGCUUUAGUGGUAACGGCUUUCAGUGUACUGAUAUGAAUGAAUGCACAAUACCGAAUAUUUGCCAUUGGAACGCCACCUGCACCAACACCCCAGGGUCUCACGUCUGUACCUGUAAUCCUGGUUAUAAGGGCAAUGGAAAGUACCUGUGUCUGGAUGUAGAUGAAUGCUCAGAGACUCCUAAUGUGUGUCCUUCUGGACGUGCCUACAGAGGUUGUAGAAACCUGCCUGGAUCCUACAGUUGUGUAUGCAACCCUGGCUUUGAAAAUAUUGGAAACAAUUGUGUGGACAUCGAUGAAUGUGCCGCUAGGACUUGCAGCCGUUUUGCAGAUUGUGAAAACAGCUUAGGGUCAUACAUGUGUACUUGCAAAAGUGGCUUUGCUGGAAAUGGGCUGACAUGCGUAGACAUAAACGAAUGCAAUGGAAACAAUGAAUGUGACCCCAGGGCGGUGUGCAUCAACAGGAUGGGCAGUUAUGAGUGCUCUUGUCCAGUUGGUUUUCUUGGAAACGGAAGACAGUGUAACGACAUAAAUGAGUGUGAAAGAACUAACAUCUGCUCUUCUACCACUACCUGUGUGAACACUGGUGGCUCGUACUACUGUGACUGUGGCCGCGGCUUUAUCUUUAAUAACUCCCAGUGCGUUGAUGUGGAUGAGUGCGUGCCCGGCCGCUGCAGCCCCUACGCAACCUGCACGAAUUUACCUGGGUCCUUCUCUUGUCAGUGCUUGGAGGGAUACAGGGGGAACGGUUUUACCUGUGAGGAUGUGGAUGAAUGCUCGCAGGCUAAGCAGUGCCACACCAGUGCUCUGUGCAUUAACCUUCCAGGCUCCUACAACUGUACUUGUCAGGUGGGUUAUUCUGGAGAUGGGAUACAGCAAUGCAGGGAUAUAAAUGAGUGUUUGGUGGAUAACGGAGGUUGCAGAAACAAAGCUACGUGUGUCAACAAUCAGGGAUCCUUUUCAUGCCUGUGUCAGCCUGGCUACGUCUUGAUUAACCGUACUCUUUGCCAGGAUAUAAAUGAGUGCAAGGAAUUGAACAAUCCCUGUGGCGUGAAUGAAGAGUGCAAUAACACCGAUGGGGCGUACCAGUGCCCAUGCUGGGUUGGGUACUACCGCCCUGGUAGCAACAUGAAUUGCAUCGAUAUUGAUGAGUGUAAAGACAACCUAUGUCAUGUUCAUGCCACGUGUAUCAACACGCAAGGCUCAUACACCUGCACCUGCAAGAGUGGCUUUGUAGCAAACGGCACUCAGUGCGUGGAUGCAGACGAGUGUUCUCAGAAGGAUGUAUGCCACGCACGAGCAAACUGCACUAACCUAAUAGGGAACUUCUUAUGCACUUGUCAGGAGGGUUUCAGGGGCGAUGGCUUCUUCUGUCAGGACGUGGACGAAUGCUCCAUCUCUAAUACAACCUGCCCCGCUUUCUCAACAUGUAUCAACUCGGCCGGUUCUCACGUCUGCUCAUGUUUGAAUGGUACAGUGGCCUUUAAUAACACUUGUGUGCCACCCAGCCCACUGUGUGACCCUGCGUGCCACAGUCGCGGCCUGUGCCACCGUUCACCAACUGGACACCAGUGCGUUUGUGACCUGGGCUACACGGGUAAUGGACUGACUUGCUCCGACAUAGACGAGUGCCAGAGGGAAAAUGUUUGUCCUCAAAAUGAAAUGGAGUGUAAAAAUAUCCCAGGAUCAUUUUCCUGUACCUGCAAACAGGGCUACACUCUCAGUGGAACUCAGUGUGUCGAUGUGAACGAAUGUGAGACAGGUCAACAGGAUUGCAGUGAAUUUGCUAAGUGUGUCAACACAGUGGGCAGCCAUUCCUGUUUCUGUCUCAGCGGUUUUACGGGUGAUGGAAAAAACUGCUCUGACUUCGAUGAGUGCCAAGGCCAAAACGAAGGAUGCCACCCAGCUGCCAGCUGCACUAACACACCUGGAUCAUUCUCCUGUGUCUGCCCACUUGGCAUGGAGGGAAAUGGCUUUGACUGUCAGGAUGUGAACGAAUGCCAGGAGAAUAGUACCCUGCCACACAACUGCAGCGCCUUAGCUUUAUGCCUCAACACCAACGGAUCCUACCGCUGCCAGUGCAAGCAUGGAUACCAGGGUGAUGGCUUUGUGUGUGAUGAUGUAGAUGAAUGUCAGCUGGUCACAGCCUGUAGCAAGAACAUGACGUGUAGCAACAUUCCCGGAUCGUACACCUGUUCAUGUAGCUUGGGACGGGAGUACAACAAGGGCACAUGUGUGAAUGAAACAACCUGCCUGAACGCUAGUGCCAACUGCCACCCACUCGCCAAGUGCCUUCCACAUGACGGUUCCUUCUACUGUCAGUGUGCAGAUGGUUAUGAAGGAACAGGAACUGACUGCUGGGAUGUGGAUGAAUGUGGCAAACUACAGCAUCAAAUCUGUCCUGCCUUCUCCAACUGUUUCAACACAAAUGGUUCCUUCAUCUGCACAUGUUGGAGUGGUUUUCAAGACAACGGGACGCACUGUCUGGAUAUAGAUGAAUGUGCGAUGGGAGACUUCCGUUGCCCUGACAACAGUACCUGUACUAAUCUAGAAGGGAGCUACAAAUGUACCUGUGCCCCUGGUUUUACAAGGAAUGGCACUCUAUGUGUGGACAUAGACGAGUGCUCACUUGGCCUUACUCUGUGUCCUAAAUUUUCCAACUGCUUAAACACAAUUGGAUCUUCUUUUUGUAAAUGCUGGGAAGGUUACCAAGGAAAUAGCACUGUCUGCGAGGAGAUCAAUGAAUGCCUAGAUAGCAUUACCUGUCCGGAACAUAGCAGGUGUAUCAACACCAAUGGUAGUUACCUGUGUCCUUGCGACAGAGGAUUUUCCAGCGUCGAUAACUUGUGCGUGGACAUUGAUGAAUGUAGUAACAAAGAACUAGGGGAGCUUUGCACCAAUGGAACGUGUUUCAAUGCUAUUGGCUCAUAUUUCUGUGAAUGUGUCGAAGGAUUCUGGAGUAACAAUACGAAAUGUGUAGAUGUGGAUGAGUGCUCCAACUCUUCAGUGUGCCAGCCCCAUUCCACAUGCGUCAACAUCCACGGGUCUUACGACUGCCCCUGUAAUGAAGGGUUCAAACUGAAUGGUGCUGAGUGUCAGGACGUGGAUGAGUGUCAGGAACCAGAAAACAGCCAGUGUCCAGAGCACUCAUUUUGUAACAACACCAUGGGGUCCUUCCUCUGUCAGUGCUCUCCGGGGUACAAAACCAUUAGCUCAGGCUGUGAGGAUAUAAAUGAAUGCAAAGACACCAACGCCUGCCGCUUUGACCAAGUUUGCAAAAACCUGCCUGGAUCGUACAGCUGCUCUUGCCCAUUGGGAUAUCAUGAAGAGAAGCUGGCAUGUGUUGACACCGAUGAAUGCAAGGAUUCACCUUGUCAUCCAGUUGCACGUUGCUUGAACACACCCGGAUCCUUUUCAUGCCACUGCCCAACAGGUUUCAAUGGAAAUGGCUCCUGGUGCAGAGAUGUGGAUGAAUGCGCUGCCUUGAGUAAACCAUGCCACCCUCUUGCUCGCUGUCACAACACCCCAGGCUCAUUUGUUUGUAUAUGUAUGCCAGGGUUUAUGAGUUUGGGGCCAUUGUGUGUGGAUAUUAAUGAAUGCAAUGCCAUGAAUGGGGAUUGUCACUCUGCUGCCACAUGUAUCAACAAUGUAGGAGGUUUUAAAUGCUCGUGCAAUCAGGGCUGGAAGCCCACCAAUGACAACGGUCGUGGAAAAGAAGGGUGUGCAGACUUGAACGAGUGUGCGUCACUCCAUCCAUGUCGUGGGGAAUCGUCCUGUAUUAACCUACCAGGGUCUCAUACCUGCUCCUGUCUGGGAAACAGCACAUUAUGCAGAAGGAUAACUAUGACGGAGGGAAAUCUGUUUCCCUAUGGAGAUGAUGUCGGGGAUAAUGAAGUAAACAUAGACACAGGAGAUGGAAAUUCUCCAUAUAUCACACCACCAAUGGGCUUCCCCUUCAUGGGGAAAUUGUACGACAGAAUUUAUUUUUCUGAUAAUGGGCUUGUCCAGUUUCAAUCUGUUGUUGAGAAUGAGCAGUAUCUCCUCCCGUCUCCUUUCGCCAGUGGUUUCCCUGACCACAUGAACUUGACUUUGUUAGCUGUGUUCUGGGAUGAUGCAGACCUCACUCAAGGGAAUGGACGGCUCCUCUCUCAGGAAUACCACACACGGAAUGUGUCAGAUGUCUACUCCCAGGUAGUGGUUAAUCGUACGGCUGAGGAAGUAACAAAAUUUGAGCGCCUGAAAAACAAGCCAGCUUUUACCCCUGCCUGGAUCCUCAAAAUCACCUGGGACGAUGUGAUGCCUGUCUCCUUCCAGAAGGUCAACUUCUCAGAGAGCAACACUUUCCAGUGUAUCCUGACCACAGACGGAGCGCGUUCCUUUGCCCUCCUGCGAUACGGGGAGAUGAAAUGGGGCCCAGGUCAGAGAAAAUACCACGAUGCUCUUAUCGGCUACACAAAUGGAAAGCUGUCUAUCAAGGAAAUCCCAGUCCCUCCUGAAAACCUCUUUGGCCCUGGGGGAAGAUACAGGCCUCAGCAAGUGAAAGGAACCAUGGGGAACUUAGGCCAGCUGGUCUAUGAUUUGACAGGACCGACGGGGUCAGACGUAGAUCCCGGCUUCAGGUGCCAGCAGUGGGCAGUGAUGGAGCCUGACCCUGAUGAGUGGACAAAAGGGCUGCCUGCCUGUCCCUGCACACGGAACCAGGCUCUGGGGGAUCUGUCAUUUAUGCAGGAUACAUCUGUGCCUAGUCCAACUGUGGUGAAGCUGAGGGGUCAGCGGUGGGGGAGUGCACAGGGGCAGUCCUUCCGCUCAGUCCUGUCCAAUAUAUAUGGCUCAGAGAAGAGGUGUGUGUAUGAACCUGAUGGUGCCCUGGUAGCUGGAUACAGUGAGCGCUACUUCUCUGGAUACAGCAUACAGAAACAUAUUGAUGACGAUCUCCUGCCCUUUCAAUGGUGUUGUAUGGAGUCUCCGCUUUGCCACUUUUACCUCGACAAGAGGCCGCUGGACCGCUGUCAAGGUUACAGCUGGACUAGACCUGACGGCUUCACCCAAACCAAGAAGGCGACACAGGGUAUAGCAAUGGUGUAUGGCAGCCUCCAUUUCAUCACCUUCGAUGGGAGAACGUACUCCUUCAAGGCCCUGGGAGAGUUUGUGAUAUUGCGUCUCUCAUCUGCCACCGGCUCUAAUAUCUUCACCCUGCAAGGACAGAUUGACAGGCUACACCCAGACGCAAACAGGAUCACUGAAGUCCCAGCGGUGGUGCGCAUGGCUGCCUUCUACCAAGGCAUUGGCAAGAUUGAAUGGAGGAGUUCAGAGAAGGACAGCAGACUGCGAGUUUUGGUGGAUGACGUUGAAGUCCCAGUCACCGUUGGUCUUGUACAUGCCAGUAAGAAUAACUUUGCAGUGCGCUGUACUGAACUGCAACGCUGCACGGCUGUGUAUGCCAACGGCCUCCACGUGGUGGUGUGGCGAAGUGGGGGUAGCAAUCAGCUGUGCGCCUUAGUGGAGGUUCCUGAGGCCUUCUUCAACCGCACCGUGGGUCUCAUGGGCCUCUGGAGCGCCAACCCCUCUGAUGAUUUCCUCAUGUCGGAUGGCAAGGCCAUUCGCUCGACGAAUGUCAGCACCCCUGCAGAGGAAAAACUGCAUCUCUUUGGUUUGUCCUGGGCAGUCCCAGGCCCAGAGAGCCUAUUGUCCUCUCUAACUCCAAUGAAUUCACUGGUGGUCACCCCCACUGAGGACCUGCUGAAAAGCAUCACUCCUGCUGAGAUUGAAGAGCUGACAAGAACCUGUAAAAGCAGCAUGCAAUGUGUCCAUGACACACUAGCAACCGGUGUUCCUGAACUGGGCCAGGAGACUCUGAAAGCUGAGACAGAAUUUCAAAAUCUGGCCCUGAUCAAAGGUAACAUGCCUCCAAUAGUGACACAGCCCACAGUGAUCCGCUCUCAGGUCAAAUCCCAGGUCAGCGUUCAGAUCAUCGCUGAGGAUGCCAACAGAGACAACAUCACUUAUUCGCUGCUCUUACCCAGGCCUCCCCAAGCUUCGAUCAACAGUGGUAAUGGCUACCUGACUUGGACCCCUCUAAGCACCCAGCCUGUCCAGCUGAGCAUCAAGGUCAGUGACAAACUGGGCAGCUCCCUCUUCACUCCCAUCCUGCGUGUCUGCAACUGCCUCAACGGAGGAACGUGCCAGUAUGACAGCAUCACUGAAAACCAUCUGCAGGGAAAGUUUCAGGUGGUGGGGUGUCUGUGUCCAACGGGAUUCAGUGGGAAAUUCUGUGAGAACACUACAGAUUUAUGUCAAGGCGAGCCCUGCUUCCGAGGAGUGCAGUGCCGAUCAGAGUCUGGCCAGUUCACCUGUGGUGAAUGUCCUGAUAACACUUUCGCUAAUGGGAAAAAAGGAUACAAGUGCUUUGAAAGUAACAUGUGCAUCCCUCCUUUUCCCUUCCCCUGCCACAAAUAUGCUUAUUGCAACAGCACAAAACAGAGCUACACCUGCACAUGUAUGGAAGGCUUUAAUGGAGAUGGACACAACUGCACAGAUAAAGACGAGUGCGUGGAGAUUCUGACCUGUCAAAAUGCCAAGUAUGAGUGUAAGAACAAGCUUGGCACCUAUGAAUGCAUCUGCAGAUAUAAAAACUCCAAGGAUGAUGAAGGAUGUGGUGACUCUCCUAAUCCCCCAGGCUAUAACAUGUUCAAUGUCUCUGUGACCUGGAAAAAGAACGCAGCUGGUGGGAUCCAACAGUUGGAUGACAUGUUAACCAAAGGUUUUACAAACAAGUAUUAUAACAUCACCGAGAUCAAUCAGGAAUUCACACCAGAUGUGCAUGAAUAUCGAAUCAAAGUGUCCAGUGACACCCCCCACUGGUACAUCACAGACUACCUGACCAGAGUCAGCAGCCACUUUGGCAUCCAUGCCAUAGAAGUUAAUGACGUGGACGAGUGUAGUAGUAACGAGUAUAAGUGUGACCACCCUGCUCUGUGCACCAACACCUACGGUGGCUACCAGUGUAUUUGCAACGAGACUGACGUGAAUAAACGCCAGUCCUGCAUCAUAGAAAGAAACGAAGUGAGAGGCACAGAGGUAGACCUGGUCCUGGGGCUGGUUCUGGGCAUCUGCAUCCCUCUGCUGCUGCUGCUGCUCCUGGCUGUUCUGGCCUGCUUCUUCUGCUGCCGCAAGAAGACUGUUACUGGAGAAAUCCCCCACCUGUAUCCAAACUACAUCCCGGAGCAGUACAACCCUCCACCCUUCAACUAUUCAGAUCCGGCUCUGCAGUACAUUACUCACUGCAGCCCUCGAAUCCUGGACAACUACGUACCAAGGCAGCGCCAUAGAUAGCACACGCUUACAGCUGCAUACAUCUCACGCAAAUUUGCAUCUUAUCAACCACAACAUUAAAACCACAUACAGUGCACAAUCGUGUAUGCCACCCUCGUGCCCCAGAUUACCUCUCAGCCAUCGGCGUGUCGACAUGGGACCUCUUGAUGAGGCGUCCUGUGGUCUCAGCUGUGGAUCAUUGCGGCUGUGGGCUGUUUUAGGGCAUCCUGUGGACUCUGUGGAGUAUGAAACUAUGGGUCAGCCUCUUUUUGUUGUUAUCUUUAAGAAAUUGCUGUGAAGUCAUGGUGUAUUUUUCUGCUGGGGAGGAUGCUGCCGUCGGCGAGGUGCUGGGGCAGAAUGUUGUUCAUUGUCUUCUCAUCCUGAUGCACUGUAAGCUUCCUUCAUCUAUCCAUUAAGCAUGAGGUGUAAUUGAGCGCUGGUUUUGCACUUAUUUGUUCCUCCGUGCUUGUUGCUUUCACGUCCACUCAGUUUAUUCUGUAAAAACAACUUGGUUGGUUAGGGUUAAGGAAGAGAUGGUGGUUUGGGUUAAAAACGUACCCCCCAGCUUUGUUUUUGACACAUGACGAGCGACAGGGGAUGGCUGCUCAGUUUCUCUUAUGCUACAUGGGUCAAGGCAUCCAUGCAAAGGAGAAUGAGCGCAAAUUAGUCCUGUAUGAUAAACAUCACUAAUUCAUGCCCCAGGGAUGCCAGAGGGCUGUCACUUUCCCUAAGAGUGGUUUUAAUGUUGUGGCUAAUCAUUAGGUGUUUAAAAAUGUUGAGAUGACAGAUUUUGAUUUAUCCCAUCACAAAGAAGUAAUCAGACCCAAGUGACUUUAAAAGACAGUUAUUUCCAAUCCUCUCCAUUGAUCCAGUGAAGGAUGUGCCAAGCUCGACAGUUUAGAGUCAGAGUCUUACCCAGCAGAAUUCGACAACCUCUUGGCUGGAGACGCUGAUGAAAAGUAAACCACUGCAGUGGUCCUUGGUUUCCAGCUGAUCCAACGCCAACAGCUUGUUUGAUAGCAACAUUAGCAUUUGUCAGAAUACCUGAUGUCAGGAUCUGUUCACAAUAAAUUAAGUAAAAUUAAUCCCUACUGGCAAAACCAGCAGCACUCAUACCCAGUAAAACACAACGAAUUCAA